GUAUUGACGUUUCAUUUUUGGGGGCGGGCAUCAUCUUCGAUUGACCGAAAUAAUAUAUAAUUUUAUUAAAAAUGCUGUAAUUCGCCAAUCCUUAUUAGUAUUUAGUCAGCUAUUUAAAUACUAACACCUCAUGUUUGCAUCCAAAGGAUAGCAGGGUACAAUCAAGAUGAUCGGUGGGUUGUUCGUGUACAACCACAAGGGCGAGGUGCUGAUCUCGCGGGUAUACCGCGAUGACAUCGGGAGGAACGCCGUGGACGCGUUCCGGGUGAACGUGAUUCACGCCCGGCAGCAGGUCCGCUCGCCCGUCACCAACAUUGCGAGAACCUCGUUCUUUCACAUCAAGCGAGCCAACAUAUGGCUGGCAGCAGUGACGAAGCAAAAUGUAAAUGCCGCCAUGGUGUUCGAGUUCCUCCUGAAGAUCAUUGAUGUGAUGCAGUCCUACUUCGGCAAGAUCUCUGAAGAAAACAUCAAGAACAACUUUGUUCUUAUCUAUGAACUGCUUGAUGAGAUCCUGGACUUCGGAUACCCUCAGAACUCAGACACGGGAGUGCUAAAGACAUUCAUCACUCAACAGGGCAUUAAGUCUGCCUCUAAGGAAGAACAAGCUCAAAUCACCUCCCAGGUGACGGGCCAAAUCGGAUGGAGGCGCGAGGGCAUCAAAUACAGACGCAAUGAGCUCUUCCUUGAUGUGCUGGAAUACGUCAACCUCCUCAUGUCGCCUCAAGGGCAAGUACUAUCAGCUCACGUUGCUGGCAAAGUGGUGAUGAAGUCGUACCUGUCGGGCAUGCCCGAGUGCAAGUUCGGCAUCAACGACAAAAUCGUCAUGGAGGCCAAGGGCAAGGGGAGUGACUUCUCAGGUGGCAUCUCCGGCAACACGGACAGCGACCCGGCGCGCUCCGGCAAGCCGGUGGUCGUCAUCGACGACUGCCAGUUCCACCAGUGCGUCAAGCUCAGCAAGUUCGAGACCGAGCACAGCAUCUCCUUCAUACCUCCUGAUGGGGAGUUUGAACUCAUGAGAUACCGCACGACAAAAGACAUCUCGCUGCCUUUCCGCGUGAUUCCCCUCGUGCGCGAAGUGGGCCGCACCAAGAUGGAAGUCAAGGUGGUCCUCAAGAGCAACUUCAAGCCUUCGCUGCUCGGACAGAAGAUCGAAGUCAAGAUACCGACCCCACUCAACACCAGCGGCGUGCAGCUGAUCUGCCUCAAGGGGAAGGCUAAGUAUAAGGCAUCUGAGAACGCGAUAGUAUGGAAGAUCAAGCGCAUGGCGGGCAUGAAGGAGACGCAGCUGUCGGCCGAGAUCGAGCUGCUGGAGACGGACACCAAGAAGAAGUGGACGCGCCCGCCCAUCUCCAUGGGCUUCGAGGUGCCCUUCGCGCCCUCGGGCUUCAAGGUCCGCUACUUAAAAGUGUUCGAGCCCAAACUGAACUACUCGGACCACGACGUGAUCAAAUGGGUGCGCUACAUCGGCCGCUCCGGCCUCUACGAGACCAGAUGCUAGACUACUGAUUAAUUUCUUGAAUCGGACUCGAAGCUACAAAAAGGCGCGUUAGAUAUUGUUUAUACUUAAUGUUAACCGGGCCAGCGAGAUUAAAUCAACUCUAUGGCCAUUGAGUUAAAGUAGGAAGUCGCUCAAACAUUGUACGUAAUCUGUUAAGGGCAUUGUUUUGGACUGAAACUAGCCAGCAAACAAUUGGACCAUGAAAUGAUGCCCUUAUCAGAAUAUACAAGUUGUAACUGUGAAAAAGACA